CAAUAACAACACACAGCUUCCUUGUAAUGGAAUUCUACUGGCAUCAUAUCCGGUGUGUCUGUGUAACGGUGGAGCAGUCCCCCUUUUGUAAAACUCCAAUCCAAGACGGAAAAUAUAGAUAUAUAUAUAUUUUUUAAUCAUGCCACGGACAUACAAGCGGCGAACAAAUCGUGGAACACCACAGGAGGUAAUGGAGCGUGCUACAAAAUUAGUCAUUGAAAAGAACCAGACCAUCAGAUCUGUAGCAAAAAACUUUGACAUUUGUCAUGUGUCUCUCAGCCGGUUUGUAAAGAAAACACAAAUGGCAUCAGAAAAGGGGUCUGAAACACCUCCCCCAGUUGUGGGUUAUAAAUCCCAUCGAGUCUUUAACGAAGAGCUAGAGACUGCUCUUGAAGAAUAUCUCAUUCAAACUGCAGAGCUAUACUGUGGACUAACUCCAAAUGAAGUCAGGAAGCUUGCUUAUCAGUGUGCUGUCCAUUACAAGCUCAGUUUUCCACAGAGAUGGAGUGAAACAGGAAUGGCAGGACCAGAUUGGUUUACUAGCUUUCAGAGAAGACACCCAGGGCUUACUAAAAAAGCUCAUCAGACUUCAAAUGUGGCCCAAGCACAAAACAAUCAAGGUCCAUCUGACGAAGUCUUUCCAGAACCCCAGGUUCCACAAGAAACACAGAAGAAUCUGAUACCUGAAUGUGGUCUGCUUACAACUCCUGUGGUUGGAGCGAUCCCGUUUCCCCCCAAAAAACGUUGUCCACCCCAUCAGGCAGGUCCCAAAAAGAGAACUGGCAAAGGUGGGAGAAAGAAUAUAAAUAUGAUAAAUGCCCAAGGAAUCCUAGUUGAAGAAGAAAUUGCCUGUUCUGGGAACUAGGCCAUUGAAGAAUGCACCCUAUUUGAAACACCUUGCUAGUGCCGUAAUUACAUUUGUGAUUUGUUUGUGUAAGGACAUUUUUAAAAUCAUUACUAUAAUCUAGUUACAAUGCAGAAGAAAAGCCUGCUGUAAUUCUAUACAGUAUGGUAGUUCGAGUGGAAGGCAGUCCUUGAGUCCCUGCACAAGAGAUCAAGCGAAUAUUGCAAAAUCAGAAGUCAAAGAAAGUAUUGCAUCCCCAGUCACUAUAUGCAAACAAAGCCACUUUAUAUGGCAGUUUAUAAACAAUUAAAUCAAAAAUACUGUUGGAAAAAGGGAUAAAAUGCAAACACUACUAAUCUACUGUAACUAGGGUGCUGCAGCAUCCCCUGCAUAGAAAAAGCAAGGGGACACUAGAUUUUAAGCCUGUUUUUAUUUAGAACACAUCCAACGGUAUUACUUCUUGAUUUUAUAACCAUAAAAUAAGACAGAUACAAUCCAGCAGAAUAGAUGCAUUUAAAUAAUUAUUUAAUAAAUAUAGUGCACCCACAUUAAGGGCAGCAGUGUGGAGUAGUGGUUAGGGCUCUGGACUCUUGACUGGAGGGUCGUGGGUUCAAUCCCAGGUGGGGUAUACUGCUGCUGUUCCCUUGAGCAAGGUACUUUACCUAGAUUGCUCCAGUUAAAAAAAAAAAAAAAAACUGUAUACAUGAGUAAUUGUAUGUAAAAAUAA